CGCGCCCAGGCAGACUGCAGGAUGCACACGGAAACGGCACAAGCAACGGAAAAUAUGUUUAUCCAAACUAAUGCGUAAGGCAUGGGGAUACGAUUGGCUACCAGGAAUUGGGAACCGAAUGUAACUUGCGUCCGUGUGGAAAUUGUUCCCGGUUGUCGGGAAUCGCACUAAUAUAUUCUAGCGAGGCGUUCUUUACAAAAUGGCAGCCAUAGUGUGGGGACUGACUGUACUCGCUUCGCGAGGGAAGGACUGAUAUUUAUUUUCAUAGCCUAUUAUUCGUCGUCACAUUAGCAUCAACGCGAGCGGUGAUCGGUCUCCGAGCGAAGCAAGUCUCUCGGUAUUGGUCACUGGCAAGAUGCCAAGUAGUGCAACCUAAGUUGCCAUAGAAACGGUCUCUUCCUUCCAUGACGAUGCAUCGAACGACCAGAAUUAAGAUAACUGAGCUGAACCCCCACCUCAUGUGUGUGCUGUGCGGUGGAUACUUCAUCGAUGCCACCACAAUUAUAGAAUGUCUUCAUUCAUUCUGCAAGAUGUGCAUUGUACGCUAUCUGGAGACCAGCAAGUAUUGUCCCAUCUGUGAUGUGCCAGUACACAAAACCAAACCUCUGCUCAAUAUAAGGUCUGACAAAACUCUACAAGACAUUGUCUACAAGCUGGUCCCUGGUCUCUUCAAAAAUGAGAUGAAGAGAAGGAGAGACUUUUACGCAGCACACCCUUCUGUAGAUGCGACGACAAGGUCUAAUGAAGAUCGAGGGGAGGUGGCGGACGAGGACAAGAGAAUCAUCACAGACGAUGAGAUCAUCAGCCUCUCCAUUGAGUUCUUCGACCACAAUAAGUACGUCAACAACAUGUCUCUUACAGUCAGGCUUUUUGGAAAUCAUCCCAUCUACUUGAAAAUGUCUAGGGCUAAAAAGACAAGCGUGGCUGAGGACAAACAGUCUAAAGAACAGGUCAAUAAUAAGAGGUAUCUGCAGUGUCCUGCAGCCAUGACCAUCAUGCACCUGAGGAAGUUCCUCCGCAGUAAGAUGGACAUUCCUUGUACCUAUCAGGUUGAAGUGAUGUAUGAAGAUGAACCCCUGAAAGAUUACUACACAUUAAUGGACGUAGCCUACAUCUACACUUGGAGAAGGAAUGGCCCUUUGCCGUUGAAGUACCGCGUCAGACCGAGCUGUAAGAAGCUGAAGAUGAGUCAUCCGCAGCAGGAGGGCCAGAACAGCACUGGUCGGUCCGCUGAGAGCGACUCUGCCAGCGACAAAGCCUGCAGCCCUGCCGGCGUCCCCUCCACCUCCUCCUUGCCCAGCCCUGGUACCCCGGUGCCGUCCCCACACUUCCCCCACAUCUCCAAACCCGUCAACGGCGCCUCCACCUCGGCCCCUGCCCCUGCCAGACCCUUCCCCUUCGGGAACAAACCGCGGAAGACCUCGCUGAAUGGUUCUUCUUUGUCCUCGGGACUGGCCUGAAAACCGGGCCAACAGCCAAUGCCAGACCGCUCUGCUAAUAUCUUCAUGCCAAUGUCGUUCCAUUGUUGUAGACGCUCUCUUUUUGUUAUCGUUGUUAUAAAUAUAUGAUAUAUGUUUAAUGUAGUGGAAGUGAAGCAUUUCUAUAGGAACAUAGCAGGGUGGGACAUUAAAGGAAAAAUCUACUCUAACAAUAUUUUUGUAUUUUUUUCCGUUAGUACACUUGAUUCAAUUCAAAAAUAUUUUGCAUGUUUGCAGUCAAGUUUUCAAGAUAGGAUGUUCAAGAAGUGAAUUGUCACUUGCCACAUCAACAUCAUGAUGAUGUGACAUUUUGCUUCUUGAAAAUCAUAUCUAGAAGUUGACUACUGACAUGCUAAAUAAUUUGAGACUAUUAACAGUGGAAUAGUGAUGACAAAAAUACAUUUUUUUGGUUUUUUUUUGUGGAUUUUUCCUUUAAGUUAGUGAAAGGGAUGUUGGCCACCGUGAAAAUGUUAGACUGGUGGUGAAUGGCAAAUUAAUGACCCCCAAAAGCUGCAUUUUAUUCCACAGAUGUGACUGAAGAUGGCCUUUAUAUUAUUUUCUUUAAAGUUUUUUUUUUUCAAAUCAGAAUGUGUGUUGAUCCUAUUUUAAGUGUGUAUUUCGGCAUGAUGAUGAAACCUUGUAGGCUUUACUAAUAUUUGAAAUGGUUGCCUCUACAUUGUUCUUUCGAUUGGCUUUUGGAAAGCAUUUCACAAAGAAAUAUUAAUCUAUAUAAUGUGUAAACAACUAUUGUAGCGUUAGGCCCACGAUUUUAGGGGAAAACAUACGAAAUAUCUACGUAAAUGUAGCCUGCAAUGCUUUUAUUAGGCUAUACUCAAAAUUGGAAUCGAAUUGCUUAUAGCCUCAAACACCCUGAAGCCUUGCAGUCAUCAAGCAGUUCAGAAAGUCAACACACACACACACACACACACACACACACACACACACACACACACACACACACACACACACACACACACACACACAUGUAUAUAGCGAAGUAUAUGCAUAUUUAAUCAGCGAUUGUCAAAUACUUUGACCUGAACAGCCCCCCCCCUUCAUUUCAUGCUCGAUGACAAAUGUUUUGAUGUCUCCGGUGUUCUUUGUAUCUAUCGCUCGAUUAUAUGGACAACUAUUGUAUUGUUACUGUUGCACAGCAUAAAAACAUCUGAAUAAAUCAUUUUACACUUAAA